AUGUGGGUAACAUGCACAGUCUUUGCUUUGAGCAUGUUUUAUGCAGCAGCUCAGGAGGUGACAAACAGGACGGUAGCUUUGGAUAUUGAGAAUAUCGAGAACGUGCCAGACGUUACGAAAAUCGUCAACUUAAAAGAUGUGUAUGCGAGAAAAGUCUUUUUCGCCAGGGACUGCGAUGAACUCUACCAGAUGGGCUACCGUAAACACGGUCUUUAUAUAAUCCGGCCAGAUAACUCCAUCAUGAUUGUGGUCCAGUGCUACAUGCAUGACUGUGGUGGGUGGACGGUUAUCCAGAAGAAUAGCUUUAACACGGAGAUCACGUGGACUGUUGCUUGGAAAACAUACAAAUUCACGUUCGGCAACAUGGCAUCUGACCAUUGGCUCGGCCAUUACUAUAUACACCUGCUAACAGUGCAGAAAUGGAACAAAGUAAAGAUUAUUCUGGUCGAUUCUAAAAACACAACCAGGUACGCAGAGUAUGACAGUAUCUAUGUGAAGGAUGAAGAUCACGGGUACCAGCUGCGACUAGGCACCUACAGCGGUGAUGCCGGUGACUCUAUGACUUCCAAUUCCCUCAGAAACAUGCAUGACAACAUGAAGUUUUCCACCCACGACCGCGACAAUGAUCGAAGCUACAAUAAGAACUGUGCUGACAAAGAGGGAGGAGGUUGGUGGUAUGACUCGUGCUAUGUUGCCCAACUCAAUAAGCAAAACGGAAUCCACUGGGCAACGUUAUGUGACCAUAACUGCAGACAGUCCAUUAUUAUGAUAGCACCUAUCCAAAUGCACUGUUAUCGGGUCUAGGUGAUAAGUCAAGGAGGUAU